GAUUCUGAUUGGUAAUACUAAUAGUUCGGUUGAUCAUUGAUCCUCCAGUCAAGAAAUGAUAAUAAUUAUUGUCUCUGUCAACAGUUUGUACUCGCAAUCACUAAUAUUAGAAUUGUAGCGCAAUCAGGAGAGAUUGACCUCUUUAGAUGAUAUUUUUACACGAAUAAUGGACAUCAUACCUGGGAAAGUUAUCGUCCUGCUAGGUCUGGCUGGCCUAGCGCAUACGGCAUUCUCCGUCGUUCAACAUCGCACGUAUUUGAAGAUUACAGAGCAAGGUUUCACUGGCAUACCUGCUGAUAUUACUCUUCAGUGUAUCUUGUCUCUUCUGCUGUGCCUGUAUGGUGUGGUGAAGUCAACGGGCAAGUUCAGUGAGAUCCAUGCCACAGCUCAACUAGCCACCAGAUCUUUCGACAGCAUCUCCAAUCGGCCAUCUUUCCAUAUCUUCCAGCACCGUGGCCAAGCACUCCACAGCAGUCAUGAUGUGGAUGUCGUCUCUCUAGACUCGCGGACAGCCAGCUAGUAGAUAUGCUGUGUUCUUAGGAUGUUUGCGAUGGCUACUCUUUUUCAUACAUGAAAACGCUUAGUACAGGACAGGACCUGUACUUAAAGUGAUAAGUAAGCUCUAGGGUAUAUGUGUGUCACAGAACAGAUGCUCCAGCAGGUCAUUCACGCGUACAGUCACGAAAUACAAGCAGAUUUUAUUCUACAAUCCACCCUUUGUAGGUACAAUGUUGUGUUGUGUAGUGUGGUCAUGGUCACGGUUAGACUACCAGCAAACCUUCACCCUCAUCUCUAGUACAUCCUACAUUGACUCGGCUUGUGUUCUGUACAGGCAUCGUGCAGUAGGUGCAGGGCAGAAGCAUUCUUGUAAUCUUGAAAUUUAUUACAUUUUCUGAUUCAAGGACAAAUCACAAAAGCACUGCUUCCUGCCUGUUUGUGUAUUUAUCAAUUCCAGAAAAUUGUCUUAAGUGUUUUUCAAACAACUAUUGGCUUUCAAGUUGUCAUGUUUUCUGUUGACCUUGAAGCACAGCAGCCCCUCUCCGGCUAUUGUUUUGCUUAUUCUUCAGCCUGGUGAUGGCAUCGGCUUUUCUAUUCUGUUGGCUUGGCUGGCCUUUAAGUGUGAACUUCGUCCAAGGAUCGAUUACUAUACAGGUCGAGAAUGUGUGCUCCUGCUGCAACCAAUGCUCCAACCAUCAUGGCAAUGGUGUGCUUUCCUACACUAUCCAAUCUACAGUUUGAACUUUCAACUCAUUUGUGAUUUUAUGGUCACGAUCGAAGUCCAGCUAGUCCAUAUGCUGCAUGCCUGCAUUCACCAAUCAACUCUCACAUCACCAUCAAUAUCAAACCCCGUGUUCUAGUUGACCUGUGACGCCAGUACUGUA